CCAGUCCUAGAACCCGGAAAGCCAACCUGAAGGCCUGUCACUUUUUGUCUGUCAUUUGUGCGCCUCUUCCAUCUGAAACGAAGGUGUUUCCUUUGCCAGGUUGAGUAUUUUGUAUUUGUGUUCCAGUGGACAGGUUUUCCAUGUGGAUUGUUUUUUUUUGUUUUUUUUUUUUGGCAAGCUGGUUUUCCUCCGUGUUUUGCGCACUGUUGCCUUAUUAUACCAAUCGCCAGGGACAAUCUGGACUUUACCACUGACAUCUGAUCACUGUGUAAGUUUGGCUUCACUGUGUUAAAAGAAGAAGAAAGAAAAAUAUCCAGAUUUUGUCAGCAUGGCUUCUUUUAAGCUGGAUUUUCUCCCUGAGAUGAUGGUGGACCAUUGCUCUUUGAAUUCCAGUCCUGUUGGGAAGAAGAUGAAUGGGUCUCUGGACCACCCCGACCAGCCAGAUGUUGAUGCCAUUAAGAUGUUUGUGGGACAGAUUCCACGGUCCUGGUCUGAGGAGCAGCUCCGUGAGCUGUUUGAGCCUUAUGGAGCAGUCUAUGAGAUUAAUGUCCUCCGAGACCGCAGCCAGAAUCCACCACAGAGUAAAGGCUGCUGUUUUAUAACGUACUACACUCGAAAAUCAGCCUUAGAAGCACAGAAUGCCCUGCACAACAUGAAGAUUCUACCAGGGAUGCAUCACCCAAUCCAGAUGAAGCCAGCUGAUAGUGAGAAAAACAAUGGUCUGUUUAAUGUUGUGUUAAAUACAGCAGUGGAGGACAGAAAGCUGUUUAUUGGAAUGAUCUCCAAGAAGUGUAACGAGAAUGACAUCCGACUGAUGUUUUCGCCAUAUGGACAGAUAGAGGAGUGUCGGAUACUUCGAGGCCCUGAUGGACUGAGCCGUGGUUGUGCGUUUGUGACAUUCACAGCUAGACAAAUGGCCCAGUCAGCCAUCAAGUCAAUGCAUCAGUCCCAGACUAUGGAGGGCUGUUCAUCACCCAUCGUAGUGAAGUUUGCCGACACUCAGAAAGACAAGGAGCAGAAGCGCAUGGCCCAACAGCUGCAGCAACAGAUGCAGCAGCUCAGUGCUGCUUCCAUGUGGGGGAAUCUCACUGGACUCAACAGUCUCGGUCCACAGUACCUUGCACUUUACUUACAGUUGCUGCAACAGUCAGCCUCUACAGGGAAUGCACUGAACAACCUGCACCCUGUUUCAGGUCUUAAUGCCAUGCAGAACUUGGCUGCUUUAGCAGCAGCAGCAACUGCUACCCAGGCCACACCUACGGCUUCCAGUGCCAUGACGACAUCCAGUAGCCCCCUCAGUGCACUAACAAGCUCAGCAGGCUCCUCUCCCACGUCCAGCAGCAACUCUUCAGUGAACCCCAUGGCUUCUUUGGGGGCCCUGCAAUCACUGGCUGCUAGCGCUGGAGCUGGACUCAACAUGGGUUCCCUUGCAGGUAUGGCAGCGCUGAAUGGCAGCCUUGGUUCUGGAGGACUAUCUAAUGGCUCAGGAAAUACAAUGGAAGCACUGAGCCAGGCCUACUCAGGCAUCCAGCAGUAUGCUGCUGCUACACUCCCCAGCCUUUACAACCAGAGCCUGCUGUCCCAGCAGAACGUCUCAGCCGCAGGCAGCCAAAAGGAAGGUCCAGAAGGCGCAAACUUGUUCAUCUACCACCUGCCCCAGGAGUUUGGAGACCAGGAUCUGCUCCAGAUGUUUAUGCCGUUUGGAAAUGUCAUCUCUGCAAAAGUCUUCAUUGACAAACAGACAAACCUCAGCAAGUGUUUUGGCUUUGUGAGCUACGACAACCCUGUGUCAUCACAGGCAGCCAUCCAGUCAAUGAAUGGUUUCCAGAUCGGUAUGAAAAGACUGAAGGUGCAGCUGAAGCGCUCAAAGAAUGACAGCAAGCCCUACUGAAGGUGCUGAGGCACUGCAGACUUAGUUAGGCAGGGUGGUGUUAUGGUAAGUGGAGUAUGAAUAACCAGCUGAGACUGGUCCACUCAGACACAUGUCUGUGCAUUACAGGGCUGCUGCACUGCCUCUCCUGGUCAUUAUAACAUGGCCAGUCAAAGAGACACAUGCAAGAGUUUUCAGUAUAGACUGGAUUCUCCCUGUGUUUUUUGUGGUUUAUGCACUUUGUUUUCCUUUUAACAAAUAAGAGAAACAGGUGUAUUUUAAUUUAAGUUAAAUGGUGUCAGUUUGCUGUGGUAGUUGAUACAAAUAUGAGUUGAUUGUUAAGAUAUUUUGCACGUUGACCAUGAGGUGCCAAAACCGCUGUUCUCACUUCCUGUUCACUUUCUGCUCCACCACCCAGACUCAGCAAAAAGCUGAUCAAAGCAGCUGAAAAACACAUUUAGGUUUGAUUUGGAAACCCAAUUCAUUCAUUCAUUGAAGUCUUCACAAAUCCUGCAUGCAUGAUUUCCACUACUUCUGAAUGAGGUCUGUGUGUCAUCUCAUGAUAUGGACCAUUGAUUUGAUAGAUACCUUAAUUAGAUUGGACACAAAGUAACGUACAGAAGCUCAGAUUGUUUAAAAGGCAGAGCUCCAUCAAAGCAUGUGAAUGGCAUUUAGACAUAUAUUGUAUUUGUAAAAUGUGUGGUUGUGUUUGUGAUAGUUAAGACGCCUCUUUGUGCCAUGGACAUCUUUUUUUCUGUUCUCUGGUUUUUCAAAUCAGAGUUUAAGUCAGUGAGGUUAGCUUAAGCCACUAACUCACAUCCUCCCAUUAUUUCCGUGAUAGGGAACGGCUGUUGUCCACAGAUUGUUAUGUCACCAGUGUCACCUUGUUUCUGAGCUAAAUCUAAUGGCGUUUCAUUAAUGUGUGAUUGUGUUUGGUUUGUAGUCUGGGUGGAGCAGCUGUUGCAUGGCUAACACUAAUUAAGUGGCCGUGGGUGGGUGGCAUUUGCAUAUGGUUUGUUUGGAAUUCUGUAUGACGUGAAUAUUAUACUUCCGUCAAGCAGUGGACACAUUUCUUGUGCUUUUCUUUAUCUGGUCAUCAAUAAGAUCAUUUGGAAUUCUGUUGAAAUAAAAUACAUUUCUAGACUUUCUUCUUGAAUGACAGGUCAAAGGGCAGGCUGGUGUGGGCUGUGAAGCCAAACUGUUAGCUGUCGUUCAGAAAUACGGUAACCUCUGGCAAUAAAACCAAACUUCGUAGGCUUAUUCCACUCCCCCAUCAGUCUUGUCUGUUGCUUUAUAUCAAUACUUUUUAUGGUUUUAGUUUGCCUCUGAAUUAAGGCAUAUUGUAAGAAUCCAUCAACAAAUCCUCAGCUACUUUUCCACUAGUUAGUAGCUAGCUCAUCUACACCACUAUGUCUCGCACUGAAGAUCUGCUGUUAUUGGAGAAUUUAUAUCAAAUUGCAAAGACAAACCUGGCUGUUGCUUUGGCAUCCAGGAAAUCAUGUUUUUUAUAUAGAGCUAGGAAGCAAGACAAAUGUUGAGAUGUAUAUUUAAACUAUUAUGCUUUUUCUAUUUUUAUAUAGGUUUUAUACUGCCCCUGUGUGUUGGGGAGCUAUUUAUUGCCUAAAUUAUUUAUCUGAAUUGAAAUUACUUUGAAAGAAAAAUGUGAAGUCUGCAGCUCCAUUGAAUCUCCUGGUGUGUGUCCCCUUUACUCCUGUUAAGUGUUGCUUCCUUUGGGUGAUGUUUACUACCAGUCAGCCUGUGUAUGUAGGAUCCUUGAGUGCCACUACAGACUCUGUCAUACAUGCCUUCAUCUAAAUAAAUCGCAAAAAAAUUCCAAAAACAUAGGGGGCACAGCUUAUUAUAGAAGUGAGUUUUAAUAUGUGCCUGUCGGUCUGGUCUUUCUGUAUGAAUUAAUAAUUACUGUCUCAUGCUCCAGGCCAAAUAGUGAGCAACCCUAUGCUAUUUCUAAUAUUGGACAUAAUUUAAACAGUGAUUACAGGUCCAAAUCCAAAGAUUGAUUUUCCUGCUGUACAGUCACAUACAACAGUGUGAUAUGAGUAUGUACAGUUUCCCAUUGCUAAAUGGUCUUUCAUCAAAAAAGAAAUUGAAGGUCACUGUGUAUUGUGUAAUAUUAUUUUGUUUACAUAAUGUUAUGCUACCUUUGUGCUUGAUAUAUUGAAUGCAAAGGCAUUCUUUACAAAAUCCAAAUGAGUCAGGAACUUGUGGUCUUGUAAUAUAUGAAGACACACUUUAAAGACAAAAGAAAAACUGCCUUUAUUCACAGUAGGAGGAUUUACUUCAUGGGCAAUUUUUGACUUCUUCCGGCUGAGUGCUGUAAAGUUAAAUAAUAGAUACUACAAAGUGCCAAAUCUCAGUGAGAUGUUUUUACUUUGAUUUUAUAUAUAUAUAUAUAUAUUUUUUUUUUUUUUUUUGAAAGUUUACAUAAAAAACUGAAAGAUCUGUGUGUGAAAGUUUGCCCUUAGUGCCCAAAAACAAGAAUAGAAAAUAAAUUAGGUGGAUGGCUGCUAAAUUUCAACAUUGUGCAUUAAAGUACACUGUGGUGGAGACAUCUGUGAAGGUGGGGAAUAGAAAGGUCCAGUUGCCUUUUCUUGUGCUUUCUUUUAAAUGAACCGAGAUUUGACUACAUACAGUGUGUAGGCGGCUCCACAGGAAAACUUGAACACAGCAAACAAUCUGGCAACAAAAACGGAGCACAUUUGGGUCAUUUGGAAGACUGGAAAGUAACUCUUAAGUAAGUUAAUGACUAUCUUGUCUAUGAUCAAGAGAAAAACAUGUGACUGUAACCUCAGAAUAUUAACCACCAACCAUCAAGUCUCAACUAGUAUUCAGUUUUAAGCUUGCAAAAGUGGAGUUCAUCUGGACUAAAGAAACAAUAACAAUGUCAGGAUGAGACUACACUAUUUAAAAGAGAGAUGCAGAUUUUCACACAUAACAGAAAAAGUGAGAUUUGCACAAAGAUUCUUUCACAGGCAGAUGAAGUAGCUAUGCACUAUGGAGUUUUUACAUCUUUAUUUAAUAGUAUAAUAUACAGUCAGUUACUGGUUACAACAAAUCAGGAUCAAAACAGUAAUUGUCCCAGUGUUUUUUAGAUUUUAGAUACUCUACUAGACUGUUGCUGCUUUUCCAAAACCCUGUAGGCCUGUUGUUCACCUGCAUGUUGUCACUGAUUAUGUGCUAGCAUUGUGUUUAGGUUGUCUGUGUGUGUGUGUGUGUGUGUGUGUGUGUGUGUGUGUGUGUGUGUGUGUGUGUGUGCCAUCUACUCCAAUUUCCAUUAGCAUGUGGCUUGUCCUCACUGUUCAGUGUUUAGACUGUAGUAUCCCCCACGCAAAAAUGCUCAUUCUUGGUUUCUCUCUCCUGUCUGUGUUCCAUUGCUGUUUAACCCAGGUGUGUCUCCCUGUUGUGUUUUUCUUUUUGUUUUUUCUAGAUCUCUUCCUGUUUGCCCUAGCAUGUUGAUGUGGCGUCACAGUUCAUCGUCCAGUCCUUGUCUUCUGCGCUUCUCUGAUGCUUCCAAUUUCACAUUUGACCUUGUGUUUGGCAUUGAUUACCAGGAGGUUUUGUUUUGUUGUUUCCCAUAUGUCCUGUGUGCUGCCAACGCGGGCACUAGAAAGGCUGCCACUGAGCACAUUUCAGAGUUACAUUAAAACUAUUUCAAGCAAAAGAGAAAAUCUAUUUUUCUAGAACUGACUGAUGUAACCACUAGACUUCUGAAAAAUCCCUUUGAAUCAAGUCUAACUUUGUUUUUAUCUACUGUAUUGUGGAGCAGUCCUUCCAGUGCCCUAAUCCUCUGGUUUUGUUGUAUUGUUGUGGGAGAGCAGCAGAUCUAUCUUUAGGUAACGUGUGUGAGUGCUGGUGUGUGUGUGUCUCUCAUAAGUUAAACAAAUUUCAAGCAAGUUGGAGAUCUCAUGUUGUUGGACAUUGUACUUUAAUGCUAGGCUGGCAAAGGGCCAAUCCUUGGGAGGAGGUAACAUUUGCUAUCAGUGUACAAAUCAGUUUUUACUUGAGCCUGUUGGCUCAAAGAACAUGAUGCUGUUCUGCUCUCAGAAUCCACAGGAGAGUCUUUUGUCACAGUAUAUUUAGUAUGCAUGUUGUGUUUUUUUAUAUCUGCACUGAACUUCUUGGCAAAAUGUGAUCUAGUUUGUGUUAAGUUAAAAUUAAUUAAUAAACUUGUGCCAAAUGUUUUGCACAAUCACUAUCCCCCUUUUUAUUGGACUUGCUUUCCUGGUCAGACUAAUGAUGGAAACAGGGGUUGGUGGUGUGGCAUCAUAUACAACAGGCUUUACUGAAGAAUUCAUGUCAGCUGGUUGCAAAAUUAGUUUAGUGUGUUAGCAAACCAGUAUCCAACACAAGUGGCUUACUCUGAAACUGGUGAGUAUUGCGUUUGAGUGUAUUUCUUGAAGAUAAUCAGAGACCCUACUGACCCACACUCAUUUGGAGUCUGUUCCUCUGACCAGUGGAACCAUUCAGUAAAACUCAGUAAAACUUCAGUAAAACUUUAUUUUACUCAGCUCAUGGUUCUCUCCAGUAAAUUCAGUUGUUAGUGUGAAGUUUAGUUUUUUUUUACACUGUCUGUGAAGUGCUACUGCAAUCCACAAAAUCACUUAGUUCAAGGCAGGGUAGCGGAGUAUUAAAACUGAAAUUCAUUCAUAGACUACAGUUCAAUAUGAAACGGAUGGAGAUUAUUAUUUUUCAUUUGUUCAUAUUUCACAUGAGUCUUGUUUGAGGGGGAAACUUAAAGGAAUAAUUUUGACAUCGGUGCAUUUAUGGACCCACACACAUUUGGUGGACUUUAUUAAUAACGUAGAUGCCAAAGAGGCUAAGCUUUAGCCACCAUGUUAUGUCAUUUAAAUUAAACAGACCAGACACCAUUGUUAAGAAGGAAUGCUCCCGUUAACUUAAUGUCACUGUCACCUUUUCAGUGAUGAUGGUAAUUAAGCCAAAGUUGUAAUAUUUAGGAGUCCCAGAAAAGUUGAGGUUUGUAGUUACACAUUUGAUCCGGUGCUACCUCCUACACACUCCUGGCUGCAGUUUCUCAAUUUAUAACGUGCAGCACAAACAGAGAGUCUCAUUUCAAGUUUAUUUUGGGCAGAAAAGACACCAGACAAAAAGAGCAGCAAAGUUACUGCAGUUAGUAACACGCUGUAUGGAAAAAAAUCCAACUCACUGUUUGUCCCAUGUUUCUGAUAUAAUAUCUAACGUAGAGCGAGCCAGUGUAUUGGUCAGGCUUUAUUUGACUAGACAGACAAAGAUGCAAGAUCACUGUAACAGUUUCCUCAUUACACGUUUAAUGUUACAGUGGAAUAUGCCCCAUCCCUUACAUCUUUUGGUCACAAUAAUUUUUUAGCCACAUUUAUAUGGAAUAUAUUAAAAACUUCAAAAUUGAACUUUUCUUUGAAUGGCAUUUCUUAGCUUGUCUUUGACUGCUACAAGUUGAACAAUAGUAGGCAUGGAGGUGAUAUCAGACAGUGGUUGUGUUGAUGAAUAAAAACAUCUAAAGGACUUUUAUUGUCACUUUUCAGUUGUGCUUUAAUUGAUAAUUGCCCUGCUAUUUAAAUAGCCAUGUAGUCUCUAACUAGUGAGCCACAGCUGUCCUGUAAUUUGGAGCGUCAAAUCAUCACGAAGAGGAUCUGGUUUGUAAUAAACAAGUAUAACUUUAUUGCUAAUGCCAGGUGAAGCAGACGUCUAUGUUCCCUGCUGUGAAGCUGGAACAAAAGCUGGAGCAAAAAGUAUUGAGAUGAUGUAACAGGUUUGCAUAGUAUUUCUUCCAGGUGUAACUUGAGUGACCAUGUUUCAUUUUUUGGUAACUAUAUGUUGUGUUUUGCAACCAGCAGCCAUCCUUCUCAAUACUGUGACAUAAAUUGUUUCAAGGUGAAAAACCUGACCAAACUCUGCUCAAAUGGGCAGAGUGUGAACUGGUGAAGCCUUUCUAAGUAUUUCUGUGUAGGUGCCCUUUAUCACUGAGUUAAAUGGAUUUUUUGAGUAUUACCUUGUUGUGGUUUAAAACCAGACAUUGCUGAAUCACUAGAACUAACCCCUUGUUGGUUGUUUAUUUUUUAUUUUUAUUUAUUUUUUUUUUCUUUGGGUUGGACCUGUGUCUCCAGUGUUUGGAUUGUUUUUGAGAUUUGGAUCUUUGCUUUCUGUCCCAAAUGAAGCUGCAGUGCAGUCCAGCUGUCAUUUCUGUUUACUGACUGUGUGAUCCCUAUCGCUUGGUUGAUUGUUCGGUUUCUGUAAAAAUAAAAUGUUUGAAAAACCA